GUCACCGGACGCGCAGCAAGAUCCAGCACAGAGCAGCAUGUUUGCAUACAUGAGCUCCUGAAGUGCGAGAGGAGGAGAGAAGGACACACGGGGAAGCGAGGAGGGAAGAAGAAGCCCCGGGGAGAAACGCUGUCAUCCCCCGCUGAAUGUUAGCACAGUGUUCGCAUCUGAAAGCUCAGAGAUGGAACUGUCAGCGAUUGGAGAGCAAGUGUUUGCCGUGGAAUCGAUCGUCAAGAAAAGAGUUCGGAAGGGAAAUGUGGAGUAUCUGCUGAAGUGGAAAGGAUGGCCUCCAAAAUACAGCACAUGGGAACCCGAGGAACACAUCCUGGACCAGCGGCUGGUGCAGGCCUACGAAGAGAAAGAGCAGAGAGACAGAGCUCUGGGCCACAGGAGGAAAGGAUCCAAAGGCAAAAGACUCCAUUUGCAGGACGCCGUCUACACCAUGGAUCUUCGCAGUGCUCACAAGACACCAGAGACGACGACGCCCCGCCUGCGUCUCUCCCUGACGCGCUCACGGGUCUCGGAGGACGAGGACGAGUCGUACGACGACGACGACGACGACGAACAACAAUGUCACAGGAGCAAAUCCAGGAGGCCGCGGUUCAGGUACUUUGACUCAAAUCCUCCGAGUCCAACACUGGAAAACUGGGAAGGUCUCGAGGAGGAAGAGGAGGAAGAAAGGGAAGAGGAGAUGAUAGAGGCUGAAAAGGAGACGACAGAAGACUUCUUUAAUGGACAAGAGAGGACAGACAGGUGGUGUGCCAUGGCCGGACCAGAUGAUGUCACUGCAUCAGAGGAGCCGGGCGACGCGUGGAGACCCAUCCCUUGUCCAGGAGAGGUGACCGUCACAGACGUCACCCUUAACGCCCUCACAGUGACUUUCAGAGAGUCAAGAAUGGCCAGUGGCUUCUUCAAAGGCUGAAGGUUGUGAGACGUGAUGAGGAGAGGGGGGGGCGGGGGUUGACAGUGUGAGCUCUGCAGUGAAGGCUCUGGUUUUAUCAGAGUGUGUUUAAAACCUUGGAUAAGCAGCAACAUUGGCAUUUCUGUUCCUUCUUUGCAACCACUUUCUUUGUCAGUCGGGUCAGUGGUUUUGUUUACAUGCACAGAGUCACCUGAAUGUGAGGUGCACUCCAGGUAAAGUUAUCUGUAGGUUGAACUGUUUCACCUAACACAAGGCAUUAGAUCUCUAUCAAUAUUAGUGGCUUUUAAGGGUGACAAAUGGAAAUGGAAAUUCCCUUAAAAAGAGUCACGUGAGUUUUUGAAUCAGUUUUCUCACAGUUUCUUCAUAUUUAAAGUCCUUUGAGACACAAACAGACAGACAGACACACAGAGCCACUAAAAACAAAAAAAUGUGACAAUACUUUACUCCCACGGAGUGAAGUACUGUUACAUACUAAACUAUGACUUUUUUUUUGAUCAUACUUUCAAAGUUUUUACACCCCAGAUGGGAGUGGAACUCACAAUCCAUGAUUCACAUGGCCAUAGCCUUAUCCAUUUCCCCAAUUGUCAACAUACUAAGGUAUGACUUUUUUUUAAAAUUUUGGACGACAUA